UGUCCUUGCACGUACAGCCCCGGUAGCCUGGUAGCCGAUCUUUGACAGCUCAGUCCGUACUCGACAGCAGGGCACUGUAGUAGUGACACUUGGCGACGUGUCAUUGUAUUUCUGACAAUUUGACAGCCAUUUAACGUGCCCCGAGGCCCGUUAGUUCUCAGACCAAAAUUACGUUUUAAACUAUUUUAGUUUCUGUAUUUAGCUUGCUAACUAACUAGCGCCUUGUUAGCGGGCUAGCAGCAAGGAUCCUCCCAGCGCUGUGAUGGCUAGCGAGCUUUAGCCACACAGUCUCACCGUGUCGUUAAUUGGUAACGACUUUAUGUUUAUUUCACAUUUCUAUAUUCGUCUAGAAGUCCGCCGCUAGCCCAGUGCUGGGCGUUUUCCGGCGACACGGUGCUUUGUGUUCAGCUUGUUUUUUUGUUUUUUUGUUUUUUUUUUCUGUACAAGGAAGCUAACGUCAACAGUGAGCAGCUCAGCUGUAGCUCGCUGCCUCUUUUGUUUACAUGGAUUGCGGUCAUCCUCAGUCGCCUGCGAGCAUGUAACAAGACUGUUUCGACCCCACAACAGUCAAGGUGGAAACGUGGGAAUGGAGUUAGGAGGUAGCUAACGUCAGGUGACGUUAGCCAAUGCUCAGCUGUUUCUCUACUUAAAAAGAGGAGGAUGACCUGGGAUCUAGUGGAGGACAGCUGUGCAGCCUGCCGGGUUGUUUGACUUUGUGUGGGCGUUGGAUUAAGAACAGGGGUUUGCUCGUCCACAUCAAAGCCGAUGCAAGACUACCUGAAGAGAAUCAGAAAUAAACUUUGCUGGAAACUGGACCGACUUUUAGGCAUAGGCAUGAUGCUAAAGACAUUUCUGAUCAUCAGUCUUCUUGGCUGGACAAAAUGUCAAGAGAGCCAGGUCAUGACACCGGAGGAGAAGACUGUUAUCAGGCAACAGAUUGUUGAAAUGUUUGAUCACGCUUAUGGCAGUUACAUGAAAUAUGCCUAUCCAGCAGAUGAGCUGAUGCCUCUGAGCUGCAGAGGGAGAGUGCGAGGCCAGGAACCCAACAGAGGGGACAUAGAUGACUCCUUGGGAAAGUUUUCUCUCACUCUGAUUGACACCCUUGAUACCCUGGUGGUGUUAAACAAGCUUGAUGAGUUUGAGGACGCAGUGAGGAAGGCCGUGAGAGAUGUGCGCCUGGACAACGAUGUGGUGGUGUCAGUGUUUGAGACCAACAUCAGAGUUUUAGGUGGGCUUUUAGGGGGCCACGUGAUGGCUGACCUACUACGGCAGCGUGGAGAGAGGAUGCAGUGGUAUCAAGAUGAGCUCCUACAUAUGGCCAAAGAGCUGGGCCAUCGAUUACUGCCUGCUUUCAACACCACAAGUGGCCUUCCCUACCCUAAGGUGAAUCUGCGGUAUGGCGUCCUUAACCCACUUUCACGUACAGGCACUGAAUCGGACACGUGCACAGCAUGUGCAGGAACAAUGAUCUUGGAGUUUGCUGCCCUCAGCAGACUGUCAGGAGAAGCUGUGUUUGAGGAACAUGCAAGGAAGGCUUUGGAUGUCCUCUGGGAGAGGAGACAGAGAGGAAGUGACUUGGUGGGGACGGUUAUCAAUAUCCAUAAUGGAGAAUGGGUCAGAAGGGACAGUGGAGUUGGUGCCGGUAUCGAUUCAUACUAUGAAUACCUGAUGAAGGCCUACAUUCUUCUAGGAGACAAUGUUUUUCUGCAGAGGUUCAAUGUUCACUACAGUGCCAUUAUGAAGUACAUCAGUCAGCCUCCUCUGCUGCUCAAUGUACACAUGCACAACCCCACUGUGAGCGUGCGGAGCUGGAUGGACUCUCUCCUGGCAUUCUUCCCUGGCUUACAGGUUCUGAGAGGAGAUCUGAAACCAGCCAUUGAGACUCAUGAGAUGCUUUACCAAGUCACCAAACAGCACAAGUUUCUUCCAGAGGCUUUUACUACAGAGUUCAGAGUUCACUGGGGCCAACACCUACUAAGACCAGAGUUUGCAGAAAGUACAUACUACCUCUAUAAGGCCACUGGCGACCCCUACUACCUCAGAGUGGGACAGUCCAUAGUGGAAAAGCUCAACGCCUACGCCAGGGUGCCUUGUGGGUUUGCUGCUGUGCAAGAUGUUCGCACCGGGACGCAUGAAGACAGGAUGGACUCCUUCUUCCUGGCGGAGAUGUUCAAAUACCUGUACCUGCUGUUUUCGGAUAAGAGCCAGCUCCCCAUUGAUAUUGACGACUACAUCUUCACCACAGAGGCUCACCUCCUGCCCGUGUCUCUCUCCACCACUCAGCCACCCUGUCAAGGAAACAAUACAGAGACUGUUCCUGUUUCUCAAGAGGAAGAUCUGUUUACACACUCCUGUCCGAGCACUGAGACGUUAUUCCCCAACAACCCUUCAUUUGCCAAAACCAUCCGGGACGGCUACAAGUACCUCACUGGGGUGGGGCGAGCCUUCCACCCUCUACCCGUCAGGGAAAUUGAACUACCGCUUCAUGAUAAUGGCAUGGAGCCAGUGGAGUUCUUGAAAAGCAUGGGCAUUUCUCUCACUCCACUGAAUGAGGUCAACGCAGGAGACGGCGGAAGCCACAGGGAGCAUAAAGGAGUGUACAGGGUGAGACUUGUAGCAGAAGUAAGCCAGACGGUGGAGGAGGAGGUGGUGGUGCCUCAUGUUGUUCAGCUCAUAUCCCCCCCAUUUCUGGGCAGGACCGUCCUUACCGCGGGACCUGCUAAGUUUGGAAUGGACCUGACUAAGCAGGAGCACGGGGUGAAGGGCAGCAUAGUGAAAGCUUCUCCCUACACUGCAUGUGGACCAAUAGAGAAUGCGGUGGAGCUAAAAGGACAUAUCGCUCUGGCACUGCGCGGUGACUGCAUGUUUGCUGCAAAGGCUCGUUGGCUGCAGCAGGCAGGAGCCAUAGGGGUCAUCUUUAUAGACCACCGCGAGGGAAGUAACAGCGAGGAAACUCCCCUCUUCCAGAUGGUUGGAGAUGGCGACUCCACUGAAGACAUCACCCUGCCUUUGGUCUUCCUGUUCAGCCGCGAGGGCGCCCUCCUCACAGCUGCCCUGGAGACACAUCGCAAUGUGGAUGUGCUGCUGCUGCCCAAAGAGAAGCAGCUCGGACACGAUAAAACUGACAGACCCGUCAGCAUGAACAUAAAACUGCGCCUGUCGGAGGAGGGGGCGCUGGAGGGAGGAGCGGCCAGAGGACCCACCCUGGAGUUCGUCUUGGAGAAUGAGGAAGUGCUGCUCAAGGAGGAGGAGGAGGAAGAGCUCGGAGGAAAACGACAAUCGCAGCGGCAGUUCUGCUCGGAAGCCGCAGAAAAUGAAAGAACUGAACCGUGUUCGGCCGACGCCUCUCGAACCCCAAACUCCAACGGCGGAUCAAAAACAAAUCCGUGACCACUGCUGAUCCUGAUGCAAGUUUCCAAACACUGGUCCCUUGUCAGUUUCUGAAUGGCACGUGCCUCAGAGCCCCUCACUGCCCUGCAGCACUGACACAGCCUGCAUGUUUACAACUGAUGGAGAAGAGUCAAGGAAUGACCACGCCCUCAUCCUGUGUUGACUUUGAGCCCUGAAGACGGCUCUGUGUUUGUUACUCCAUUAGAGUAUAGAUUCUGCUCUGUGUUGUGCAGGAAACUAUGGGGACUAUACUAGGUAGUCAAAGGCCAAAAGCUGUAGGUUAUGAAGGUAGGUGGCUGCUGCCUAAACCUAGAUUAUAGUGUUGCUGUUGUAGGCACAUAUAAGGUGUCAGUGGACAUACGUAGAUACGUGACUAGAGCUUAAAUGAUCUUGAGGAAAACAUAGCUAAGGUGACAAAACAUGUUUUAUGCAAUGCAAUUUGCUUUUUUUAAUCUAGAUAGCACCUUUUCCCUUAAACGAGUACUGUUUAAACAUUCAGCAGUGGCGAGUGGAAUACUACUUGGCCAGUAGGUGGUGGUAGCUGCCCUAACCUCUCAGUGAUACAAUGUGAGCAGAUGAAGGAGAUGAACUGGCACUAAUUUGGACAGUUUAUUUUUUAUUUUAUACUAGUGAGCAACUUCAGGGAAUUUUAGGAGUGAAUGCAGUUUUUUGCAGAUUUGACCCAUUAGAAGAAAUGUGUGCGUGUUCUGCGUUUUCUUUUUGCUGUACGGUGAGCUUGUGCGUGUGUGUGCAUGACGUGUAAUAAGUUACAUAACCAAGAUAUCAUCUCAGUCAGUCCCCCGUCUUUAAAAGGGUCAUCGUGCAAGAAAUAGAUUUGACCACCGUCAUACUUUUGAAUUAUUAUUUCUUUGUAGGCAUAUUGCUACUUAUUUCCUGAAUAUCAGUGUGGUAAAUUUGUCAUUGAUCACCUUGUAUACAAAAACAUUUGCUUGCAGAUAACUAACUGGUUGUGGUUCGUUUUAGUUGCAGCAUUACAUGUUGGUCCGCAGUCCCUGACUGCUAUGCACUUUGGAAUGACUGUCUGCGGCAGAUUCAAGAAAUGAUCAUUUAGCCUGUCCUUGCAUUUGCUUGUGUUUUACAAUAGUUAAUUUAGUUGCCAACAGUCACUUAAAUCACAGUUACACUUUGUAAUGAUGGUUAUAUUCAGUCUGAACACAAGGAAAUGUCCAUGGGGUUAGUCACGACAAACUUACUGACCAUUAGAUUUGCCAUGUAGUAAGAAACUGGAAAGGCCAGUUAAACCCUGUGCAUUCUUACAAAUGUAUGAAGUAUUUCCAGGGUGCAUUUUUGUCAAGAUUUGAGUUUUCCAACUACUGCUCUGUCUCCAAAUUCACUAAACCACGUCUUAGGCAUUAAUAUGCGAGACAACAUAAUGCAGCACUUCAAAUCAAUGCAUGGCUCAUGGCUCUUCAUAUCCACAUCUUUAUUCUCACUAAUAAUAGUUUGCCUGAUUUUUGACGUCUGUGGUACAGGGAAGAGUGAGCUCUUGUUUGCAUGGGGAAGAACUUGAGUAUGUUUCUGUCUGUAUAGUGGACCUUUUCCUGAUGCUGCUGAGCUAAUUUAAAGUCUUAAUCCAACACGAUCUCUUCUUAUUCUUUUGGUUUGUAUAGGCUUUUACAAUCCUUAUACCUCAGGACUGUGUGUGUGACACAUAUAAAAGGACCAUGGACAAGAAACAGAUGAUUCUUUUUUUAUUAUUAUUAUCAUUUUUUGAGCUAUUUAAUAAUCUAUUCAGAUGUUCUCUGAGAUCUCAAAACGUGCCAAAAGAGAUCUUUUCUGUACUUACAUUCUGGGAUGUGAGCUGAGGCCAUCAAAAUAAAAUCAAAGUCAUAAUUUC